AUGUCAACGAAACAACAAGUUUUAACAAAAGUCGAUACAAAGACUGAGAUAACAACUGAACAAUCUCAAAAAUUAAUCCAGACACUUCUUUCCAUGUCAUUUGGUUGUUUAGCAUUUCUCAGAGGUUUGUUUCCAGAUGAUAAUUUUAUUGAUCAAAGAUUCGUGCCAGAAAAGGUCAUUAAGAACUAUGAUAAAAAUAAAAUCGUCCAAGCCAAUUCUAUUAAGAUAAAGACAUUAUUGCGUGGUAGAUCUCAAGAGGCAGAUGUCUUUUUAGAUUGGUUGGAAAACGGUGUUUUCCAAACUCUCCGUUUGAAAUACUUAAAGGCUUUGAGUCUUGGUAUUUUCUCAGAUGAAAAGGAACCUAAUGAUUUAAUUGAAAACUAUGUCUUCAGUUUUGAAUAUCAGAAUAAUAAUGAAAUUAGUUUUAAGAUGGAAAGUGACAAAAAGGGUACUUUAACUAGCUCUCUGCUAGAUUCAAGAAAAGCAGUGCAACAAUUAAUGAGAAGAUUCAUUAUAUUGACGCAAUCAUUGGAACCUCUUCCAGACAAAAAGUAUUUGUCAAUGAGGCUUAUGUUCAAUGAUACUACUCCUAAAAAUUUCCAACCUUCAUUGUUUAAGGAUGCAACUUAUGAAAAACCACCAACCAUAAAAUUAAAAAGUGGCAUUAAUCUCGCAGACACUUCAGUUGGUUCACUCAAUACAGGCCACAAUAAAAUAAAGUUGUCUUUGUUUUCACUGUAUGAUUCCUCAUUAAUACAAGAAGAAAUUGUUAAUGAAACCAGAGACAUUGUUAGUAUAAACAAACAAUCUUUUUCAGAAUCAUAUCAAUAUAUUGACCCAUUGAGUUUUGCAGAAGAAAACUUUAAUAUUUUACCAACAGUUGGAAAUAAAAUUAAUUCACAGAGUCAAGUUUCUAAUCUUUUGAGUGAUAUUUUAAAAUCAUCACAACCAAAUACUCAGCCAACACAAUUCAACGGCUCAAAAAUAAAUCGCCAGGUCGAAUGUGAAUGUGGUUUACAAUCUCCAACAAAUUCAGGUACUAUAAGGGAGUGUAAAGAGUGCAAUAAAUUAGUUCAUGGUGUUUGUUAUGGUAAUGUAAACUCUAAAAAACUAGAGAGUUGUUUUUCAUGUCUUUAUGAAAAAAUAUUCCUUGAAUUUGGUGAAGAAUGUAAAGAUCUAAUGAUGAUUAGAAAAUGCUUCCGUACCUUAUCGCGUAUUCGCUCUUUCCCUAGUAGCAUUCAUGAAUUUAUUGCUAUUAUGAUAUCCAAAGAAGAUAUAACUGACACCGUAACAGAAAGUGUUAAAUUUGCAUUAGCUGUAUUAUUUAACGAUGGAAUCCUAAAUAUUAAUGAUAAUAUUGAGAAUAAAGAAAAUGUUAAUGCUCGAGUAAACGGUACUAACGUGAAAAUUGAUGUUAGUGGAAUCAAGAUAGAUAAAGUUGGUGAGCUUGAAUACGGAAAAAUUAUGAAUAUUAUAUUCACAUAUAGAUCACAGGGGUCACAUUCAUUUUAUGUUAAUCAAAUCCCACAUAAUCUAGCUGAAAUGGAGCAGUGGGUCAACCAGGUUAAAUUGUUGAAAACCAAGUAUAAUAAUAAUUUAUCUUCACAAAUUGAUAUUCAAUCGUUAGUAAUAAAUGACACAUUUACGCAGGACCCAAUCGUUAUUGGUAAAAAGAGGAAAAACAUACAAAUAGCUGAUUCUGAAAUUGUUGAAGACAGUAAUCCUUAUUCCAAUAUCGAGAUAAACAAUGGCAUUGAAGAGACUAAAACACCAUUAAAAAUUAGGAAAAUAAGUGUUUCUAAGAAAACGUUGAAAAGUAAUUGGUAA